AUGUCGCUAAAAUUUCAGCCACUGCUUAUAGCCGCCAUACGAUGCAGUCUUCUCCUUUCACUUGUAAAAGUAAAUUAUACCGCUGCACUAGUUAAUUCAAGCUUACAGUUGGUUUACGCCAGUGUUCUUUACCGUCAUGGCGAUCGAUCACCAACCCAUGUCUUGCUUAAUCUUCCACAUCCCUUGAAGCCUUGGCCACAAGGAUUAGGUCAGCUAACUCAGGAAGGGAUGCGUCAGGAAGCAAAAUUAGGCGAAUUCUUUAAGAAUCGUUACGUACACCAAUUGCACUUGAUCAACGCAACUUAUGUCAGACGAGAGGUUAAAAUUCGAAGCACUGACUAUGAUCGUACGUUAAUGAGUGCAGAAGCACAAUUGAGCGCCCUAUAUCGGCCUGCUGGAAGACAGAUAUGGAACAAAAAUUUAUUAUGGCAGCCAAUACCAAUUCACACAGUACCCAGGGCUAAUGAUACGUUAUUGAAAAGUCAAUCUCUUGCAUGCCCAAGAUAUGAUCAAAGCGUGCAAAACAACCUAAAAUCAAACAAAUUUAAAGAUUUCAUUAAGAAAGAUGGGGGCUUUGUAAAAAAAAUUUACGAACUUGCCGGCUAUAACGGCUCCCAUAAGAACAUUUACUACGCUGCACAUGAGAUUAAUGGUGCUUUGUUUUGCAUGCAAAAACACAAUUUAACGUUGCCACACUGGGCCAAUUCUACCGUUUUAGUACGUCUAAGGAAAAUUGCAUUGUUUGUAAAGCUCCUGAAAUAUAGUAGCCCAAUCCAACAAAAAGUUACUGCAGGAGAAUUAUUGUAUCGUAUGAUUCAUGAUAUGAAAUCAGUAAAGUCUGGAACGAAAAUGAAUCCUACUAAGCUCAUGAUGUAUUCAGCGCAUGAUUCCAACGUUAUGGCCAUAUUAUUAGCCUUAGGCUUCCAUCUGACGAAAAAUCCUCCAUAUACUGCAACUGUAAUGCUUGAGCUGUAUAAAGAUAAAAAUGGGACAUAUUUAGUUCAAGUUUUAUAUCGAAAUUCUUCCGUAACAGUUACUUUACAACUGCCCGGCUGCAAGCGAUUGUGCCCUUUAAAUGAUUUUGAAAAGCUUACAUCAAAUGUGACUUUCCCACCUCUGAAUCGUAAAGAAAUUUGUACAAUAAAGACAUCGCAUACUUUAUCGCCCGUAAAUAUCGCAAUAAUCGCCGCAGUUGGAGGUAUCAUCAUUCUAUUUGGAAUUCUUUUAAUAUUGCGAUAUUAUUUUCGACAUGUGCACAGUAAACAAUCUUACGAUCGGAUCGUAGAGUUUAAUUAG